AUGGCCAACCCGACGGUGUCGUCGGGAUCCAAGCCAUUAAUGACGGAUUCUAUCACCGGCCAGGCCCCUUCUUCAAGGGCGCACGGUGGAUGGAAUCGUGGUAUCAACAGCGGCUUGCGGACUUCAUUUGCGGGCAAAGACAACCUUCGAAAACUCGCUCGUCCAAAGAGACUUCACGAUCCUUCGCGCAACCGCCUGCCGAGCCGAUGGACGUCGACAGUUUGGCUAUGCCCGCGGCAGACACCAACCUCUCCGGGCUCGGCGGCGGCGGUGCAUGGCAGGCUGGGAUUUGCGAAAUGCACUGCCGCUAUGCAAGCAGCCAAAGAGGCGAGGCUAGACGCGGAAGAGCUUCAGUCCAUGUCCUUGAAAGCUUUGGAAGUCGAUAUCGAAGAGCCGUGGAAUGAUUCUCCAGCGAAACUCGGGCAGUCUGAGAACGCGGUGUCAGAGCAACAAAGCAACGACCAGUCCGCCGGCAACACGCCCGCGUCCCUUGGGAGUCAGGAAGCAAACGACUGGGUCUUUCCACCAACCCCGUCGUGUUCUGACUUUGAAAUCGGACGGAAAGAUCAACGUGCUUGGGAGGAGAGGUUCAUGGCAUGGUGCAAGUCACUUAUUCAGCUGAACGAGUGCAAGAUCAAGCCCUGCCGCCCCGGCGACAAGCUUCAAACCAGCGACGCAGUUUCGCCGCCACCGAAAGACUCGGCACCUUCUCCGAUGACCGCCCUUUCUAACGGGCUCGACAAAGAGUCCAACGAUGGGAGUGGGUGGCCCGCUGGGGCAAGGAAGAUGCAGAAUACCGCGAGAAGUAUUUCCGAGGAUCAGUCCCGACGCGACUUUCUGCCACGCGGCCAUUACGGCCCCGCGUGUGGGCUGAACCCGCAGAAAACAAAAGAGGGGGUUUGGGAGAUAUGGAGUCAAGCGAAUUGUGACCGGUACCAGGACCAGGCCUCAUCAGAGAUGGCGAUAGACUUCGAAGCCUCCGCCGGCUCGGCCUCAUCCGAACGACCUGAUCUUGGGAAGAGCAUGGUCCCCAAGAGGCACAUCUUUUUCGAGGAAGCCGACGAUGACGACGAGGCAGAGGAGUUCAUUCGUCCGCCUGUGCAAAAGAACGCGCGGACUGGCCACAUCAGCUUCGCCGGCAACAGAGGAGACCACAGCGGGAGACGGCCCAACAAGCAAUACGAUGACAGGAACGGGAGGACGGGAUUUGCACAACCGCCACUUCCUCCUGGGCCCCCUCCUCCCUUUGCCGCCACAGGGCUCUCAUCACCAAACCCGGAGAAAUGGCGGUCGGCGAAGAGGGGGAGGAGCAAGAUACUCGUAAGGACAUGGGCAUGA